UCGUAACUAUGUGUUGUGAAGAGCCAAAGACUAUUGACAAAUCAUUUUGCCGUAUAAAAGCAGUCCAUUGUCGGUAGCUCUGCCAUGAUUGUGCCUGGUAUUGCCGCUAGAAAGUGACAAUGGAUAAUCACAGCGAGACGUGUAAGGGGCUAAUGAUAUAUGGAAAAUGUGUCUGUCAUUUAUGAGAAUAUUAGACAUCAAUAAAUGUGUGUUGAGGACAGAAGGAGGACAUCUCGGUGGUGCUAGUGAGUAAGAAAUGAGGCCGCUGAUGGUGAAAUCAUUUUAUACAUUAGCUUGAAAAGUGUAUGUGCGCCAUAUGUUUAUAGCUUACAGCGGAAUCCUUAGAUCAUACGGAAACCUGGCUCUGCAAAAAUAAACAAAUGCGUCCUUUUGAUGCAUUCAGUGUAAACAAGUCACUUCUUGGCAAUAUUUUGUUACUGAAUAUGUUAUCAACUUUAUUUCAUUACAAAAAGGUUAAGCAAGUGUUUGUAUAAUGUGAAAAGGUUAAAGUGUCUUCAUUUGAUUCGUAUUCCACCACGCACGUGCACAUCGCGUUAGUAGCUCGGCGGAGUGCACUCUUGAACCGUGCUGUUUUUAUUGUGGGGAAAAUGGAUAACUUUGGAGUUCUAUAUAAGUAAAUAGUGUUAGCUACCUAGAACCCUUAACCGGAAGUUAUUCUGUUCAACUGAUCAGACAUGCAGGUGGUGUACAGUGGUGGGUCGACGCCCACGCCGUCCCCACGGGUGCAAAGGAAGUUGAACCAAGGGUACAGCCGGCCAAUAUUCACAGGCAAGACGAGCAGGCUGGUGACUAGCCAGAGCACAUCUAAGGACCGCGGGGAGGUGGCCCCGGAACCAGAGAGCUCCCUGCGCGACUCCAUUCCCGCGAUGCGGAAAGCAGUGGCCGUCACCUGUCUCAUACUCAACAUUCUACUCCCAGGCCUCGGCACGUUUGUGGCGGGCCUGACGACGCUGUGCGGGAGCGCGAUCCGGAAGAAAACGAUGACGUCACAAAAGGUUGUCUGCUCGAACACGUGGGUGGCAUUCCUGCAGUUCGUGACGGCGUUCAUUUUCCUACUUGGUUGGAUAUGGAGCAUCGUCUGGGGAGUUGCCUUCAUCACAAUAUCAGAUGACUACUAUAAAAACUUCAAACGACCAUCAAUGCCAAAGAAACCCAACAUAAAGGACUCAUUUAACCUGGAACCACUGAACGGUACCAGAUCGGAUAUGAACAGGGCUGGAAGUUCACAUGGGCUUUCAACGCACCUGCAAAAAACGCAUAUAGCGCGCUCCUCGUCGGCGGACCAGGCUCCGCAGCCGUGCAUAGUUCAUCAAACAGCUUCCGGUAAUAGCCAUUCAGAGACAUCGUUAGUUUCAAAACGUGCCACACACGACAAAAAGACAAAACAUAACAAGUACUUUAAAAGCCAAAAGUCUGAAGAGGACGCUGCUGCCUCGGCGCCCCUCAACAUGGAGCAGAUCAUGAUUCACAGUUUGCCGAAAGCCCCGACCAAGGCGAAGCGCGGCGUUCUGCGGCGGGAAGAUACUAUCACCAGCACUACAAGCUCCGUGUCCAUCAGCGAGGAUCCUGCUCACUCUUUCUCGUAGACAUUCGCACCAUGAGGUCCAUCUAGCUGAUCUAGUGCCAAAACACUCGCAACACAUUCUAAUACGAGGGAUCAUUUGUGUCAAAUUAUGACUGGUACAAGUCAACGAUGUUAUGACCUGAAUAUACUUAGGUUUUUGUUGUGGUACUUUCUUUACAUUAAACUCACUGUUUAGUCUUAUUUUUACCAAAUAUAAUGUUUGCAUAUAUUUUGCCGGCGAUAUACAUGGUUGGGUUCUUUAUUCUCCCUUCACAUUAUAUAUGGUUUGGGUUCUUCAAUUUCCAUUUACAGUCUUUAUGACUGAAUUCUUUUUCCUCCCUUCAGAGUCUAUAUGCCUGGGUUCUUUUUUCUCCCCUCAGAGUCUAUAUGACUGUGUUCUUUAUUCUCCCUUCACAGUCUAUAUGGUUGGGUUCUCCAUUCUCCCUUCACAGUCUAUAUGGUUGGAUUCUCCAUUCUCCCUUCUUAGUUCAUAUGGUUGGAUUCUCCCCCUUCACAGUCUAUACGGUUGGAUUCUCCAUUCUCCCUUCACAGUCUAUAUGGUUGGGUUCUUCAUUCUCCCUUCACAGUCCAUAUGGCUGUGUUCUUCAUUCUUCCUUCACAGUCUAUAUGGCUGAGUUCUUCAUUCUCCCUUCACCGUCUAUAUGGUUGGGUUCUUCAUUCUCCCUUCACAGUCUAAAUGGCUGUGUUCUUCAUUCUCCCUUCACAGUCUAUAUGGUUGGGUUCUUUAUUCUCCCAUCACAGUCUAUAUGGUUGGGUUCUUCAUUCUCCCUUCACAGUCUAUAUGGCUGUGUUCUUCAUUCUCCCUUCACAGUCUAUAUGGUUGGGUUCUUUAUUCUCCCAUCACAGUCUAUAUGUUUAUGAUAUUCAUUCUCACUUCACUGUCUGUAUGGCUAGGUUCUUCAUCUCCCUUUACAGUCUGUAUGUUUGAGUUCAUCAUGCUUGUCGUGUGCUAGAUCAAUCCAUCUUUAGCUAAUUGACAUGUUUACAAUAAUUUGAUUAAAAUGGAUUUCGCUGAAGACCACACUCACAUAACAGCGUUUCUUUUAGACCAAAGGUUACUGUGUGGCAAAAGUAACAUUGACAUACAGCCUCCGACCUGAAAAUCGCCUCUGAAUUUGCUCACCACUAAUGAUCUCUCUAUUGUAAUUUCUGUGGAAACAGUUACUAGUCUGGAAAGCAUUCUUUCUAAAACUUUGACAAAGUGUGAAAUAGAUUAUUUUGCAUGGCUUACCAUAUUUUUUUAUGAAUAUCAAAGUAAGUAAGAUGUUAACAAGUCUAACUUGCUUCAAUUCUGUUCUUUACAAAAUAUAUACGCACUCAGUGGGGCUGCUCAUAGCUCUUAUUAGGUUAUGAUAUUUGCUACCAAAGGUAUGUGCAUUGACAUUUUGUUCUUUCUUCAAAACCAUCUUUUAACAAAACAACUUACAUAAUGUAUGUACAUAUCAAAAAUGUUUGAUAAGUUUGCAAAUUUAAAUAAUUUGAUUGGUUAAUAGUAUUUUUAUAUAAAUAUUGGCCAAUCAAAAAACACUUUUGCUCAAUUUGACCAACCCAGAGAAUAAAGAAGUUUAACACAAUUGGCUGUGUCAUGUGUUAUGAUUUGGUUGCACAACAUAGCAAUGGUAACUAUUUUUGAAAAAAAGUGUUUAUUUCGUUAUUUAAAUAUAUAAUUGUAUAAUAUAUUUUGCUGUUGAUAUGAUUUUAGAUCUACAAUCGGUGACAUUUACACUGUCAUGGUUUCUAUAAUACCAAAUUAGUUCAUUUAAAAAUAUUUUCUUCGUUUUAUUUGUUGUGUUUAAAAUGCAAAUAAAUAGCUCUUUACCCAAUACAUAAAAUUCUGUAUUUUUUCAUAUUUUCUGCCAUCAAAAUCUUAGACUAAGCUGUAUAUAAACUUGUUUUUUUUUGUGUUGCAUGUAAUAAAGCAGUAUAAAUUUUACAUUGUAUUAAUAUAUGUAGUUUGCUUUUGUUACAUGUAAUUGUGCAAUACGCCUAAAUA